AUGGCGGACUUCUACAGUUCUGACAGCGAGCUUACGACACGUACGUUGCUGCGGCGCGUGCUGGAUACAGCGGAUUCGCUCACCCCGCGGCGACGUCGGAGUGCCCAGGCUGGGGCCCAGAAAACCCUGCUUGAAACACCUUCCUCCAGGAGACUGAGGAGCCAAACAGAGACGACUGCCAGACAGCGUUCCCACGGAGCCAGGUCUAUUGGCAGGUUGGCCCACGGUCAGGCCAGUGGGUCCCUAGAGGAGACACCGCGGACUCUGCUGAGGAACAUCCUCCUAACUGCUCCAGAAUCUUCCAUUGUGAUGCCAGACUCAGUGGUGAAGCCAGUGUCAGCGCCGCAGGUGGUCCAAUCCUCCAGACGGAAAAGCAGUCGGGGCAGCUUGGAGCUGCAACUUCCUGAACUUGAGCCCCCUUCAACCUUGGCCCCAGGUCUUCCAGCCCUUGGCAGGAGAAAGCAAAGGCUGAGAUUGUCAGUGUUUCAGCAGGAAGUGAACCAGGAACUGCCACUCUCUCAAGAGCCUUCUGGGAAUGCUGAUGCCUCUGCCCUCACCAGUUCUCUCAACCUGACCUUUGCCACACCUCUUCAGCCACAGUCGGUAAGGAGACCCGGUUUGGCCCGCAGACCACCCACCCGUCGGGCUGUAGAUGUGGGUGCCCUUUUGCAAGAUCUUAGAGAUAAUUCCUUGGCCUCAGGUAAUAGCCAUAGAACCCCUGCUGCUGCUCUGCCAACGGACACAGUGUUGGAAGACACUCAGCCCUUCUCACAGCCCUUGGUUGGCUGCUCCCCCAGUUUGCAUGACUCCCUGCCUCUCCCCACUCAUACUGCAGUUGAAGACUCUGAGAGGGCUGUGGGUCACAGGACACGGAGCAGAGGACCCAGGCUGCAAAACCACAAGCUAUACCCUUGGCCUACUACUUCUCAAGAGGUGACAGAAGGAGAGGGAUUCCGGGAGGCGGAGGUGGCCAAAGAGCUAGAGGGAUCUUCAGGGGAUGAGGAUACCUCUGACAGGCCAAGUAAGAGGCCCAUUGCAGAGAUCACAUGUCCAGAAUUGGCCUCCAGUACCCCUGAGUUCCUCCAGGCCAAGCAACCACAUGAGUUUCUCGAUCCAACUCCAUCACUUGGUGUCACAAUCUUGCCUUCAGAGCCUUUGGAGCCUAUGCUUGCCAGGCUUCCCCGCAGGCCCCGUACUGCUGGCCCCAGACCACGUCAAGAUCCCUACAAGGCUGGACUGAGCCACUAUGCAAAACUCUUUAGCUUCUAUGCUAAGAUGCCCAUGGAGAAGGCAGCUAUGGAGAUGGUAGAGAAGUGCCUAGACAAGUAUUUCCAGCACCUUUGUAAUGACCUGGAGGUAUUUGCUGCUCAUGCUGGCCGAAAGACUGUAAGGCCAGAGGACCUGGAGCUGCUGAUGCGACGGCAGGGUCUGGUCACCGACCAAGUCUCUCUGCAUGUGCUUGUGGAGCGACAUCUGCCUCUGGAGUACCGGCAGCUGCUCAUCCCCUGUGCAUUCAGUGGCAAUUCUGUCUUUCCUGCCCAGUAGUGGUCAAGCCUCAACACUUGCCCUUUCCCUACCAGGGAUGCCAUAGCCCCACAUAAUAUUCCAGGUCCCUUCCCCACUACCUAAAUAUCAAUGUCACCAAAAAGGGACUCGUGGAGUUCCUUAAGUAGCAGGACACUUGCUUUGCAAGUACAAAGGCCUGAGUUCAAACCCCAGUUCCACAAAAAUAA